CCUCUUUCUUCAUACCACCGAGAAGUCCACAACAAACAGAGAAGAGGAAACCAGGGCGGAAGUCGGAGUGUGAAAGAGACGAGGAGAGAGAGAGAGAGAGCUAGAGAGAGAGGAUCUGCACCUGAACAGCAACAACACAGAGAGGUGCUGCUUGAUCCGAGGGAGGCCCAGGGCUCACAUCCUUCGGCAACAUGGGGGAACUCUUCAGAAGUGAGGAGAUGACGCUGGCUCAGCUCUUCCUCCAGUCAGAAGCUGCCUACUGUUGUGUCAGUGAACUGGGAGAGAUUGGGAUGGUGCAGUUCCGUGAUCUAAAUCCUGAUGUGAACGUGUUCCAGAGAAAGUUUGUUAAUGAAGUGCGACGAUGUGAAGAGAUGGAUCGCAAACUGAGAUUUGUAGAGAAAGAAAUAAAGAAGGCCAACAUCGCAAUCAUUGACACAGGAGAAAACCCAGAAGUCCCCCUUCCGAGGGACAUGAUCGACAUGGAGGCCACAUACGAGAAGCUCGAGAACGAGCUGAAGGAGAUAAACACCAACCAAGAGGCCCUAAAAAAGAACUACCUGGAACUGACGGAGCUCAAACACAUUCUGCGUCGCACGCAACAGUUCUUUGAUGAGAUGGAGGACCCCAGUUUACUGGAGGAAUCAGCCGCCCCCCUGGAUCCCAGUGAGGUUAUCCGAGGGACUCCUCUCAGACUGGGAUUUGUAGCUGGAGUCAUUGGCAGAGAACGUAUCCCCACAUUUGAGAGGAUGCUCUGGAGAGUUUGCAGAGGAAACGUCUUCCUGAGGCAGACAGACAUUGAAGAACCUCUGGAGGACCCGACCACGGUCAGUUCAUUUAAUAAACAAAAUGAUUUGUAUCCUGUAAGCGUGGUCAGAUAUGGUACCUGCGUCACUGUUCUCCUACCAAACUCCGAUUUAUUUUCCCCACAGGGCGACCAAGUCCACAAGUCUGUCUUCAUCAUCUUCUUCCAGGGAGACCAGCUGAAGAAUAGAGUCAAGAAGAUCUGUGAGGGCUUCAGAGCCACUUUGUACCCUUGUCCAGAAACACCACAGGAGAGGAAAGAGAUGUUAGCAGGAGUGAAUGCUCGCAUUGAUGACCUGCAGAUGGUGCUGAACCAGACAGAGGAUCACAGGCAGAGGGUCCUGCAGGCUGCAGCCAAGACAGUCAGAGUGUGGUUCAUCAAGGUGAGGAAGAUGAAGGCCGUCUACCACACCCUCAACCUCUGCAACAUUGACGUCACUCAGAAGUGUCUGAUCGCUGAGGUGUGGUGUCCCGUCUCUGACAUGGACUCCAUCCAGUUUGCCCUGCGCAGGGGGACGGAAAAAAGCGGCUCCACUGUGCCUUCCAUUCUGAACAGGAUGCAGUCUAAGCAGACCCCACCCACCUUUAAUAAGACGAACAAGUUCACCUCCGGCUUUCAAAACAUUGUCGAUGCCUAUGGGAUUGGCAGCUACAGAGAGAUAAACCCAGCGCCAUACACCAUCAUCACCUUCCCUUUCCUUUUCGCGGUCAUGUUUGGUGACUUUGGCCACGGGGUGCUCAUGACCUGUGCCGCCCUGUACCUUGUGUUGAGAGAGAGCAGGCUAAUGGCCGAUAAGAACGAUAAUGAGAUGUUCAGCAUGGUGUUUGCAGGGCGCUACAUAAUCCUGUUGAUGGGAAUCUUCUCUGUCUACACGGGCAUCAUUUACAACGACUGCUUCUCCAAGUCCCUCAACGUGUUUGGCUCUGGCUGGAGCGUCAGGCCAAUGUUUGACGCUCGAGUAGGGGGCAACUGGACGCCUGAGACGCUUGAAGGCAAUAAGGUUUUGCAGCUGGACCCAGCGAUAGAUGGAGUGUUCAGAGGGCCAUACCCCAUCGGCAUCGAUCCGAUAUGGAACAUUGCGACCAACAAGCUGACAUUCCUGAAUUCUUUCAAGAUGAAGAUGUCUGUGAUCCUGGGAGUAAUUCACAUGCUCUUCGGGAUCUCUCUCAGUCUCUUCAACCACCUUUAUUUCCAGAAGCCCCUGAACAUCUACUUGGGAUUCAUCCCGGAGAUCGUCUUCAUGUCCAGUUUGUUUGGCUACCUCGUGAUACUGAUCUUCUAUAAGUGGAUCGCAUACGACGUAACCACCUCCAGGGAUGCUCCCAGUCUCCUCAUUGCCUUCAUCAACAUGUUCCUCUUCAACUACAACGACCCCAGUAACAAACCACUCUACAGCGGACAGGCGGUCGUACAAUCGCUCUUACUGGUCACUGCCCUGGCAUGUGUUCCCUGCAUGUUGAUAGUGAAAACUCUGAUUCUGCGGAGGCAGUACUUGUGGCGGAAAAAUCUGGGCACCCAGAACUUUGGAGGGAUCAGGGUGGGCAACGGGCCCACUGAGGACGAGGCUGAAAUCAUCCAGCAUGACCAGCUUUCGCAGAACUCUGAGGAAGAACCUGAGAGUUGCCUUUUGUCACCUGCUUUCAAGGCCCGCGAAGAGGAAGAGUUUAACUUUGCGGAUGUGGCAGUACAUCAGGCGAUCCACACCAUAGAGUACUGCCUGGGCUGCAUCUCAAACACCGCUUCCUAUCUGAGGCUCUGGGCCCUCAGUCUGGCUCAUGCACAGCUGUCGGAGGUGCUGUGGACCAUGGUGAUGCACAUUGGCCUUUCUUCCAACAACGCUGCAGGUUUCAUCCUCCUGGCCAUAGUCUUUUUCUUCUUUGCUGUUCUCACAGUUGCCAUCCUCCUCAUUAUGGAGGGUCUGUCAGCCUUCCUGCAUGCACUGCGACUGCACUGGGUGGAGUUCCAGAACAAGUUUUACUCAGGCCAGGGCUUCAAAUUCCUCCCUUUCACCUUCGAAAGCAUCUUGGACGGGGGGUUAGAAGACUGAGACCUGACGCCUAUUCUUUAUCUUCUUCAAUUAAUAUCUUUCAUCUGAGAAUCUGUGUGGUGUUGAACAGUGAUUUUUGAGUGAAGCAGCUUCCACAACUUUUGAGCCAAGAUUAUCUGUCAGACUGUCGUUUGUUUUGAGACUCGCCUCAAUUUCAGGAUCAGUAGCUAAAUCUGGAACCCCUACUCAAGCAAUUACCGUGCAUUCAUUCCAGAGAAAAAAAGAUUAGCCUUAGCUGUAAUCUGUCUUGUGUCUCGUCUCAGUGAAGUCAUUUUGUUUUACCCGUGUUUUAUUUAGUUUAUUAUUAUUUAUGCAAAAUUCUUUAUAAAACCUGCAUUUUUCCUACGUGGGAGUGUUGCAAUACUGAUUAGUACAAACAACGCCAUGUGUACAUUUCUUGACUGAUGAUGCCGAUAAAAGCUAGAACCCUUUUCCACGUUGGUGUAUGCAGAUUGUCUUUUUCUCUUGGUAUACAAGUACAACUCAUUAAACUGUAUACUGACCUCGCAUAUCGAGCUUUAAAGGUCUAAAGGGAAAACGAGAAAACACCAGGAUGUCGGUGGAUUCUUUCACAGUUGCAGUUCUUGUGUUGUGCCCUGAUGUCACUGCCCUUUGUGCUGAGUAAUCUGAAUAAAGUGGAAUCUGUAGGCGGUUGUCCUCCAACAACGGAACACACUGAAGGGAUUUGACCGUGUCAGCAAGGGUGAUUUUAGUUCCUACUUCUCAAUUUCACGCCUGUCAAAGUCUGAAGUGUUUUCCUCCGCUUGAAAGGGAGUAAGAGCGACACAAAGGAGUCAUGACCAAGUAGAAUUCAUUCCCCAGAAAUGAACGAGCACCGGCAGUCAUUGUGCAUCUCUUUGUCAAUAAAGUAGAAAGAGCUGGUUAAA